AUGAGUAGUUCUGAAUUUACUUACUUAGAUAUUAAGGAAUACAAUGUUUCUCAAGCUUAUUUAGAUUUUGAAUAUGAUUCUUCCAAAGAAAGUAAUGAAGGUCUUGAUAAAGAUGAUUAUAUAAACUGGGACAAAAUUGAAGCAGAAGAUCCUGAAUUGGAUGAACCUUUUCCAGCAAUGCAUAAUAAAAUAGAUGUGAAAAUUGAAAAAACCCUAGCACAAGACACAGAAGCAGUUAAAGAUGCUGAAAGGCAUUUUUACAAACUUGGUGUAUAUUAUCUCUAUUUUAUUUAUGAUCAGAACAUGCUUUAUGAGGCAGAUGAAAAACAACUAUGCUCAAUUGAGCAGAGCUAUGAUCUCAUUAAUCAACUACUAUUUGGUGAAUCUUCAACUACUAAUGAUCUUUUAGUUAUAUAUGAGGAUAUUUUGAAUAUAUUGUUAGAAACUCAUAUAAAUAAAUUUGACAUAGAAGAUCUGUGUUCAGAAAUUACCAAACAUGUACCUCAAGGCACAUCAGCUUUACCAUCUAAAAUCAGUCUUCCAAAACAAACACAUCGUACUACUACAGAGGCAGAAAAGGGUAUACUUGCUCAGUUACUUGAUCAUGAAGAAAAUUUGCCUAAGGCUGCAGUUACAAAAGUUUUUUGGGAACUUCAACCUAUCUCUUUGAACUGA